CUUCCCUCCCCACUCCCCCCUAUCCUCCUUCCCCCCUGUUCACACCCCAUCGGCGCAUCGCCAUGCUCCGGACCAUCUCGAAGCUCCGGGAGGCGGCGGCGCCGCUCGCCUCCGCCGCCGUCCGGCUAUGCUCCGGCGGGCCCCGGAUCCACGCCGACGCCAAUUGCCCGCGCUGCACCGCGCACAUCUCCGUCCAGUUCUCCCUGCAGCCCCUCCCGCCGGCAGCCGCCUGCGGCACCGAGGGCGCGGGCGCCCACACGCACCACCACGACGGCGCCAGCGUCUGCCCCACGUGCCGCGGGGCCUUCCUAUUCCGCGCCCACCGGAUCGACCCCAUGCGGGGCGCGUUCCUCGAGAUCCCCGGCGGCGUCGCGGGCGACGACGGCGAGGACGCGCCCAGGGGCGACCUCUCCCGGAUCAAGAGGUGGAUUGCGGAGCGCCCGCCGGACGACUGGCCCCCGAUGCCGCCGCAGGCUCCCCCGAUGCAGAUGCCGCCGCAGGUCCCCCCCACCCGACGUAAGCAGGGGAGGAGGAGAGGGAGGGAGGAAGGAGGCGGCGGCGGCGGUGGCGGUGGCGGCAACGGUAACGGAGGGGACUCCUCGGGCGGGGAGGGAACGAGCGCGGCGCCCAAGAGGGAGUGGUGGGGAGGCGCCACCCUGGGGGAGGAGCUCCCGACGCCGCGGGAGAUGUGCCGGAGACUCGAUGAGUUCGUCAUCGGGCAGGGCAAGGCUAAAAAGGUUCUUUCAGUAGCCGUAUACAACCACUACAAGAGAGUAUAUAACGCAACUGUACAGAAAGGAUCUGCGGACAAUUCUGGGUGUCCAGACGCUGCAAAUGCUGAUCACGAUAAUGUAGAGAUAGAUAAAAGCAAUGUACUUCUGAUGGGUCCAACUGGCUCAGGAAAAACAUUGCUUGCAAAAACAUUAGCACGCAUUGUAAAUGUACCAUUCGUUAUAGCUGAUGCGACAUCAUUAACACAGGCUGGAUAUGUAGGUGAAGAUGUAGAGUCGAUACUGCAGAAGUUACUAGUGGAGGCCGAAUAUAAUGUUCAAGCUGCCCAGCAAGGGAUAGUGUACAUAGAUGAAGUAGAUAAAAUAACAAAGAAGGCAGAGAGUGCAAAUGUUAGUAGAGAUGUAUCUGGUGAAGGUGUUCAACAGGCUUUGUUAAAAAUCCUAGAGGGAACUGUUGUUACCAUUCCUGAAAAGGGAUCUCGGAAAAAUUCUCGCAAUGAUAGUAUACAGAUAGACACCAAAGACAUUCUUUUCAUAUGUGGUGGUGCUUUUGUAGAUUUGGAGAAGACUAUUUCUGAAAGACGACAAGAUUCAUCUAUAGGAUUUGGGGCACCCAUUCGUACAAACAUGAGAAGUUCAGGAGUGACCAGUCCAACGGUCACGUCAUCUUUGUUAGAAUCUGUUGAGAGUGGAGAUCUUGCAAAGUUUGGCCUAAUACCAGAGUUCAUUGGACGCCUGCCCAUUCUAGUUAGUUUGGCAGCUCUCGAUGAAGAUCAGCUUGUUCAGGUUCUUACAGAACCAAAGAAUUCACUUUCAAGACAAUACAGGAAAAUGUUUAGCCUGAACAAUGUUAAGCUGCACUUUACUGAUGGUGCACUGAGAAUAGUAGCAAAGAAGGCCAUAGUCAAAAACACUGGUGCACGUGGUCUAAGAGCCCUCUUAGAGACCAUUCUACUGGAGGCCAUGUACGAGAUCCCUGACGAGAAAGCUGGAAAUGAGCGAGUAGAUGCUGUUGUGGUGGACGAGGAGGCCAUUGGUUCCGUCGACAGGCCUGGGUGCGGGGCUAAAAUUCUUCGGGGGGACGGCGCAUUGGCGCAGUACAUAAUAAGAAAUAACAUUCCAAAUUCACCGGAAACUAACGAGGCUUUGGCGGGGGAGCUCGAAGACGCGUACAUGCUGUCAAGAAUUGUUAGCUUGUGAUUAACCUUACAGACACCGUAUAUUAUGUAAAAUGUCCUCCACUCACACCCAGUCAAUUUAACCAAUUUUCCUGUGAUCUAUUUAAAGUUUGCGGUGAGGUCCGACGAGCAGAGAUCCGGCCGGCGCGCCAUUUGUUGUAAUUGUUGAUGUAAACAGGAGUUGCCUUUUGAUUGAGCAACCAUCCUGCUAUAAGCAACAUGUUUCUCAUUCUUCCCUUCUGGUGCCCCCCAACCCGGCGGGCUAGCUUAUAGUUGUUGGCAAAGGUGUACACACCAAUCAACCUCCUCACAGUUAUAAUAAGCAGGCGCAGUUUGCCCA